CACAGAAACAAGCGACGGUCACGCUCCUUCGAUUAUUACUCCGAACCUAUCGGAGCCUAUCGUUCGUCGAUAUCGGGUCCUAUCAUAUAAAAUAUUGAUUAAAUUUACGCAAAUACAAAAUUUUCUUGUUCCGAUGAAAAGUAAGCACCAAACUUACGGUUGAGAGGUAAACCAUAAAAAUCCAUUGUGAAAAUUUAUGGGGGUGGUGGAUACUCAAUAGGCGCUAGACGUAGUAAAGAGAGCGGCGAAAAGAGUUCGGAGCGAAAGAGUGUGUAUUUGAUGUGUACUCAAAAGUGGCCGAAGAGAGCGCACUAAUACACACGCAUACGGAGAAAGGACGAUAAAGAGGUAGAGCUUUCCGUGGAAACUAGGAUAAAGUGUUUGCCCAAAAUGAACCCGGCGGUGGAUGCGUGGGCGGUGACUCCGAGGGAGCGUUUGAAGUACCAGGAACAGUUUAAGGCACUCCAGCCGCAGGCAGGAUUCGUUACCGGCGCCCAGGCCAAAGGAUUCUUUCUGCAGUCCCAGCUGCCGCCCCUGAUUCUGGGCCAAAUAUGGGCUCUGGCGGACACUGAUUCCGACGGCAAGAUGAACAUCAAUGAGUUCAGCAUAGCCUGCAAGCUUAUCAACCUCAAGUUGCGCGGCAUGGACGUUCCCAAGGUUCUUCCUCCCAGCCUGCUGUCGUCCCUUACCGGCGAUGCCCAGAAAACCCCCUCGAUGACGCCACGUGGCUCCACAAGCUCCUUGAGCCCUUUGGAUCCACUCAAGGGAAUAGUUCCGGUAGUAGCUCCAGUUGUUCCCGUUGUGGCUCCUCCGGUGGCUGUGGCUGCUGUCAUCUCACCGCCCGCAGUCUCAGUGCCGGCUGGCCCCACGCCCCCCACCAGUAAUCCACCUAGUCGCCACACGUCUAUCUCGGAGCGAGCGCCAUCGAUCGAGUCUGUUAACCAAGGAGAAUGGGCUGUUCAAGCUGCCCAAAAACGUAAAUACACGCAGGUGUUCAAUGCUAAUGAUCGCACCAGAUCUGGUUACUUAACUGGAUCCCAGGCACGCGGUGUUCUCGUACAGAGCAAGCUACCCCAGGUCACGCUGGCCCAAAUCUGGACGCUGUCUGACAUCGACGGCGAUGGGCGGCUGAACUGCGACGAGUUUAUUCUUGCCAUGUUCCUAUGCGAGAAGGCUAUGGCUGGUGAGAAAAUUCCGGUUACCUUGCCUCAAGAAUGGGUACCGCCCAACUUGCGCAAAAUAAAAUCGCGACCGGGAUCGGUCUCAGGGGUGGUAUCCCGUCCUGGCUCACAGCCGGCCUCCCGACACGCAUCUGUUUCAUCCCAGGGCGCAGUGGCAGUCGUGGAUGCUGACCCAACAGCCGGACUACCUGGACAAUCUUCCUUCGAAGACAAGCGCAAGGAGAAUUAUGUUAAGGGUCAAGCAGAGCUGGAUCGUAGGCGCAAAAUUAUGGAGGACCAGCAGCGCAAGGAGCGGGAAGAAAGAGAGCGAAAGGAGCGUGAAGAGGCUGAUAAGCGUGAAAGGGCUCGUUUGGAGGCCGAGCGUAAGCAGCAGGAGGAACUAGAGCGACAGCUCCAACGUCAGCGAGAGAUUGAGAUGGAAAUGGAGGAGCAGCGCAAGCGGGAACUGGAGGCUAAGGAGGCGGCCAGAAAGGAGCUGGAAAAGCAGCGCCAGCAGGAAUGGGAGCAGGCUAGAAUUGCCGAAAUGAACGCACAGAAGGAGAGGGAACAAGAACGUGUUCUGAAGCAGAAGGCACAUAACACCCAACUUAAUGUGGAGCUGAGCACCCUGAAUGAAAAAAUCAAGGAACUUUCGCAGAGGAUUUGCGACACUCGCGCCGGCGUGACAAACGUAAAGACCGUUAUCGACGGAAUGCGCACCCAGCGCGACACUUCCAUGUCCGAAAUGUCGCAGCUGAAAGCGCGCAUCAAGGAGCAGAACGCUAAACUGCUUCAGCUCACUCAGGAGCGGGCCAAGUGGGAUGCCAAGAGCAAGGCCAGCGGGGCUGCCUUGGGAGGGGAGAAUGCGCAGCAGGAGCAACUGAAUGCAGCAUUCGCACACAAGCAGUUAAUUAUUAACCAAAUAAAGGACAAAGUCGAGAAUAUCAGUAAAGAGAUAGAGUCAAAGAAGGAGGACAUCAACACUAAUGAUGUACAGAUGUCUGAGCUCAAGGCCGAGCUCUCCGCUCUAAUCACAAAGUGCGAGGAUCUGUACAAGGAAUACGAUGUGCAGCGCACCUCGGUGCUGGAAUUGAAGUACAAUCGAAAGAACGAGACUAGUGUAUCGUCGGCCUGGGACACAGGCUCUUCCAGUGCUUGGGAGCAGACGGGAACGGCUGUCACCGAUCCCUACGCAGUCGCGAGCAAUGAUAUCUCCUCACUGGCCCCUGCAGCUGUGGACUUAGGUGGACCGGCCCCAGAAGGAUUCGUAAAAUAUCAAGCAGUAUACGAGUUCAACGCACGCAACGCCGAGGAGAUUACUUUCGUGCCUGGUGACAUUAUCCUGGUGCCAUUGGAGCAGAACGCCGAGCCGGGAUGGUUGGCUGGCGAGAUAAAUGGCCACACCGGCUGGUUCCCUGAAUCCUAUGUGGAGAAACUAGAAGUCGGUGAAGUUGCUCCAGCCGCCGCUGUCGAAGCCCCGGUUGAUGCUCAAGUGGCCACCAUGGCUGACACCUACAAUGACAAUAUCAAUACCAGCUCGGUUCCGGCAGCUUCCGCAGAUCUGACUGUCGCCGGCGAUGUCGAGUAUUAUAUAGCCGCAUAUCCUUAUGAGUCUGCCGAGGAAGGCGAUUUGAGCUUCAGUGCCGGUGAGAUGGUCAUGGUCAUCAAGAAGGAGGGUGAGUGGUGGACAGGUACCAUUGGUAGUCGAACGGGCAUGUUUCCUUCGAACUAUGUCCAGAAGGCUGAUGUAGGCACAGCGAGCAUAGCAGCUGCGGAACCGGUAGAAUCUCUUGAUCAGGAGACGACGCUAAACGGCAACGCUGGCAACACCGCCGCUCCCGUGGAGGCACAGGAGCAGGUUUACCAGCCGCUGCCUGUUCAGGAGCCCAGCGAGCAGCCGAUAUCUAGCCCAGGCGUUGGCGCUGAGGAGGCGCACGAAGACCUCGACACUGAAGUUUCCCAGAUAAACACACAGUCCAAAACACAAAGCAGCGAGCCUGCCGAGAGCUACAGCCGACCCAUGUCACGCACCUCUUCCAUGACACCCGGAAUGCGUGCCAAGCGGUCUGAGAUUGCUCAAGUAAUCGCGCCCUAUGAGGCAACCAGCACGGAACAGCUUUCGCUAACGAGAGGCCAGUUGAUAAUGAUCCGUAAGAAGACGGACUCCGGCUGGUGGGAGGGUGAGCUGCAGGCAAAGGGUCGCCGGCGGCAGAUCGGAUGGUUCCCGGCCACUUACGUGAAGGUUCUCCAAGGCGGGCGCAACAGCGGACGGAAUACUCCAGUUUCCGGUAGUCGAAUCGAGAUGACUGAACAGAUCUUGGACAAGGUCAUUGCUCUCUAUCCGUACAAAGCACAAAAUGACGACGAGCUGUCGUUUGAUAAGGACGAUAUCAUUAGCGUUCUGGGUCGGGAUGAGCCGGAGUGGUGGCGUGGCGAGCUGAAUGGCCUUUCCGGUCUCUUCCCUAGCAACUAUGUGGGACCCUUCGUUACGUCCGAGAUCAAGACAGAUCCAGGUGCCGGUGAUAGAAGAUCCAAGGGAAUCCAGCGGUUAUGGCAACAGUGGCGCGGAUGCGAUACCGACCAGGCAGAUCAGCACGAAGGUUCAUCAAACAAUAAGCUGCGAGGCACUAUACAGGCUGUGCACAUAACCAAGCGGCAGGAUGGCCAACUAAUAGGAUGUGCCUAUGUCCGGUUUGAGUGCAAUGAGCUGUUGGCCAGGUCCAUGUUUCAGGAAAAUGGGAAUCAAUUGGUUGGCAAAGCAGUGGUGGUCGACUGGCAGCCAGAACUGCCGAAAAAACGAUUUCGUCAAUGGCGUUGCUGGUAAAACAAAACCCAUACAGAGCCGCCCAUACAAAUACAACAUCCGUAGUUGCUAAUUCCAAGUGUCGGUUAAGAUUGUUUAGCUUUCCUCAAUAAUUUUAUUUUUAGUAAAAUUUUUCUUAUAAAUUAUUUAAAAUCAGUUUAACAAUUUACAAUUCUUUGUUUAGGUUUUGCACAGUGUGUUUUUAUUAAAUUUUUGUUAAUCUUGCGCUAUCAAUAUUUAUUUUUAGUUUUGAAGUAUGCACAUCUUAGGGCCUACGGUAUGAAAAUUGCAAACACGUUCUCGAUUUCGUCAGUAAUUGAAUUCAAUAUUAGUUUUCUUAAGCAAGUAAUUUAUGAGCGAGCGUCCACAAUAAAAAUUGUUUUCACCACAAUCAAUUUUGACUUUGGAAA